UUGGGGCACGCCUCAGAGUGGUGCAAUUGAUAGGUGCUUCGGAUCCAAAAUUCCAGUGGAAAUUAGGGUUUUACGAUCCAGGUGGGAAAGGUGAACUCAUUGACACUCGAAGGAGACGAGUCCAACCAUUUCUGUGUAGCGACUGAUACAUUCAUUUACAUCUAAUGGCGCCCCCUCCUGGCCCUUACUCCGGCACCAGCACUCUUGCUCUGGUAGCCCGAGCAUCAGCAUUCACCUUUGGUGUGGUUUACGGAAGCAUUAAGCUCAAGGUUCUGAAGGCAAAGGCCAAGUCACAUGCGAAAGCUGAAGCCAAGGCCCAUCAUUGAUGGACACAUUUACUGAUGUAGCUUGUAGCGAUGGAAGAGAUGGAGAAAAAUGUCACAUAGGAGAUCGACUCUGAUCAUUGUUUGAGGAAGUUUGAUUUUUGGCUUGAUAAUUCAUCAGAUUAUGCUUUUUACUGCUGAAACAAAAGAAAUUUACUUUGUUUAAACAAGGUUGGUAUUGCAAGUUCUGUACGGUGUAUGCUUAGUUUUUCAGUUCCUAUUGGCAAAUUCUGCCUAUGACAAGGAUAUCUUAAAAUAAAUGUGAUACACCAUCCUUUAAAUAAGGCUCGUUUGAGAUUUUUUCCC